AUGUCCUCUGAGGUUAGAGAUUUAUACCAUUCUAGUAACCUCUGGAUCACGAGUCAUUCAAUUUCAUUUUCUGAUUCUGGAAAUCUCAUCCAGGGCCAUCUACUUGACUCUUCGUACAGUGCUCCGCCCUUUCCCAACGGUGCGUGA